AUGUUCAAAAAGAUUGAAAAUAACUUUGCUAAUCAUUAUGUGGAAACACAGGAGCUUCCUAGUGGAUUUGUCACUAAUAGUAGUGAUUUGAUCAAAGGAUAUCCCAAAUUACAGACUUUGAAAGAGUUAAAAGCGAAACAAACUGAAAAAUACGCUGUUAAAGCCUUGGGUUGUAGAGUAAAGACCCGUGAUUUGGUCCAAACGGUCAAUCGAUGGACGGAAGAAUUCAAAUUACAAUUUGAUGUUAUCAUGAUAGGUUGUAUGGCAAAUAAUCAACGGGUUUUGAAGUUUUUGAAAGAGUUACCUUUAUUGAAACUUUGUUCUAAACCAGGAUUCUUAUUCAUAUGGACAACCGUGGAUGAGAUUGAAAGUCUAACCACUAUUUUGAAUCAGAAUUAUGGUAAGAAAUUUCGAAGAUCAGAAGAGUUGGUGUUUCUCCCAGUUAAUAAGAAUUCAAUUUUUUAUCCCCAACAAGACUAUAGUAGAUUAUUUGAAAAUCAACAAUGGAAUUGUUGGAUGUGUAUCACAGGAACAGUCAGAAGAUCUAACGACCAACAUUUAAUUCAUUGUAAUAUAGAUACAGAUUUACAAUUUGAAAAUGAGAGUUUAGUUAGCUACAACGCUGUUCCUAAUUCUGUUUAUAAGAUCGCAGAGAAUUUUUCCAAUUUCAAUAGGAGAUUACAUAUAAUCCCCUAUGAAUUAGGUAAAACCCCAAUAAAGUUGAGGCAUGGAUGGGUCAUUUUGAGUCCUGACGUGCUACUCAAUAAUUUUAAUCCAUUGGAUUAUGAAACACAAUUACAGUCCAAAUCUUUAAUCAAUUAUAAGAAUAACCAAGUUCAAUAUUUAGUUGGUCAAACUAAAGAAAUUGAAGACUUAAGACCUAAAAGUCCUGGUAAAUAG